UAACGUUGUUAUAGUCAUCGUUUUACUCGAUGCGAGAAAAGGCACCGGUGCCUCUUACGUGUUGUUAAAUUCCACGAUAGAUACCCACAACUAAUUAAAAAAAAAAACUUUUAACUGUUAAUUGAUAGCUUUCACAUGAUGGAGGUGAUGGAGACAAUUGUGAUCCAAAGUACUGAAGUGGAAGAAAAGGAAACGGUUGUGUCCAGCGCGGACACCGAUAAAACCAAAGCAGAAUUCAUCUGGACUCUGCAGGCUACGUGGCACCUCGUCAACACCAGACUAGAAAUGGACCUCGCUUUCGAUCAGCCUGUGUGCAAGAAAAAAAAACUCUGGGAGACGGUGGCAGAGAAAGUGAACACAAAACUAAGAGAGUCGGAGGUCACCGAUAUCACAGUGAAGGCGUACGAGUGUGACCUCAAGUGGAGAAACAUGUUGGCCACAUACAGGAAGAACUGCGAGAGGGCCAAGAGGCUGGGGGCCUCCAGCGUCCACUGGGAGUUCUUCAAGGCCAUGCACGAGAUCCUGGGGAAGAGCAGAGAGGAGAUUGAAGCCCAGCGACGGGCAAAACUCAGCGGGACGAGAGUGGGCAAGGCCGUGGUCAGCAAGAGGUUCACCCCUAUCCUUCCGAACCCUCCAACAACAGCUGCCCCCUGCACCGCCAGGCCUCCACAGGACGUCCUACAGCUGUACAUGGAGCUGCAGGAGAGGAAGAUGAACAUGUGGGCCCAGCAGAAAGCCCUGGAGGAGAGGAAGAUAGACGCCAUUAACAACCUGGCACAGGCCAUCUCCAGCCUGGCUCAGAAGAACAGCACACACAUGUCAAAGGAUGGACUUUAGGCCAGAUGACACGCUGUUUUUUUUAUUGCCAAAAACUGCUGCACGAAGAACGCAGGUUGAGGGCGUUUGUAAUAAAUGUUUUUAAGAUGUUAACUGUUACCGUUUUAAGAACAAUAGGGCCUGCUUUUCUGUUGAUGGUCUAAUGGAUGUAAACAUCACCUAUUUGUAUACUGCCUGCAAGAAGGGCAUUAUGGUUGGCUGAUGUUGUAGAGCAAGAAACACUCAGAUAUGACUCAAAUAAGAAAAUACACCCUAACAUCAGUGCACCAGUUUGUAUAUCAGAUGUCAUAAACCUAUGCAAUAGUUGUGCAAACUGAAAUGGAAAUGAUCAUAAGGGAUUAUGAUCAUUGCUCAAAGGAAAUCAGUUUGACUAAAACACAUUUUUAGUGAAAACUGAUUUAUAUUUUUAACAGUAUUCAUUGAUGCUGGUACUGUUCAUGUAUUAAUCAUUUACACAAUCGCUAUGCAAAACUUUCCUUUGUAAUGUUUUCCAAUAAACAAUCCUGCAAUAAAGACGACUUCUGUACAGAGA